AUGGACAUUGUCAAGAGUAGAAACCAGACGACUGUAAGCGCAGAUAAGGAAGAUUCAGGGGACGAUCAGUUGUCGGAUAUGCACCACCAGCAGGCAUCGCCCGAUGAGACGGCGCGUAGCACGCGAGACAUUUCAAUGCGACGUAGUCAAAUGCAUCAGCUGAGCAUAUCAAGGCUAAACAGUACGGAGUCCAAUUUCAAGAUUCCGGUGACCUGCUCAGCUAAAAGUGAGGAGCAAAUGGACAAGGGGAAACCAGGUUGCAUGGAUCUCGCUCUAGCUGAGAAUACCGACCAGUCCUUGAACACCUUGAGGACUGCCCGUGGAAGUGACGACGGCAGCCAAUUAAACGCUACCAUGACCGACGUGGGGCCCGAAUUCUCGUUUUCUGCCUUCCCAUCGGCCUACUCCUCGCGACGCUUUUUUGCGAACACCGCACAACCACCUACACCACCACCACCGCCACAACCAACUCUACUCCAACCGGAAGGACGAGAGGUUUUCGGGCGGACCAGCAGCCCAACAGGGGUCGCAGUCACUGAGGCCUUCUUUCCACCAAGAGGCCUGCAGGAUUUUAGAGACCAAAGGCAUCAGCAG